AUGAAUUCACCAAAAGAUAUUGAUCUAUUACUAAAUCAAUGUGAAAAUUAUAUGAAUCAAUAUGAUAUUAUGAAACUAAUCAAAGACUGUUUACACAAAUUAUGUAUUCAUCAGCCAGAUAAUCCUGUUCACUUUCUCAAGCAAUACUUUUCUGCUGAACCAUAUGAUCAGAGUUCUAUGAUGACUGAUGAAAGUAAUGUUGAAUUUCCUGUAAUGGUAAAAAAACGUCGUGGAGCUGUAUCAUCUAAAUCAUCGUCAGGAACGACUGGGACAACUCCAUAUGUUCGAGAGAUUGUUCAAAAAGAUUAUGCUACAAUGUGUGCGCUAUCAGAAGCAAUUAAGAAAAAUAUUCUAUUUAGUCAUUUGGAUGAAAAUGAACGUGCACAAAUAUUUGAUGCCAUGUUUCCUGAAAUUCAUUUAGCAGGCGAUAUAAUUAUUCAACAAGGUGAAAAAGGUGAAAAUUUCUAUAUUAUUGAUAAAGGUGAAGUAGAUGUUUAUGUGAAUGAUGAACUUGUUACAAGUAUUGGUGAAUGUUCAAGUUUUGGUGAACUUGCACUUAUUUAUGGUACACCACGAGCAGCAACAGUUAAAGCUAAAACAGAUGUUAAACUUUGGUCAUUAUUAGGAGAAACUUAUCGAAGAAUAUUAAUGGAUUCAACAAUAAAAAAAAGAAAAAUGUACGAAGAAUUUUUGAGUAAAGUUUCAAUAUUACAAACACUUGAUGAAUGGGAACGUCUUACAGUAGCUGAUUCACUUGAACCAAUUCAAUUUGAAGAUGGUGACAUUGUUGUUAAACAAGGCGAUCCAGGCGAUGAUUUCUUUAUUAUUGUUGAGGGUAAUGGUAUUGUUUAUCAAAAAACAUCCGAAUUACCUCAAGCAGUUGAAGUUGAUACACUAGGUCCUGGAAAUUAUUUUGGUGAAAUAGCUCUUUUAUGUAAUCGACCACGUGUUGCAACAGUUAUUGCUAAAGGUACAUUAAAAUGUGUUAAAAUGGAUCGUGCACGAUUUGAACGUGUUCUUGGUCCUAUACAAGAUAUACUUAAAAGAAAUAUUCCACGUUAUAAUUCAGUUAUUCGUCUUGAUCAAUUACGAGCUGCUGCAGCUGCUUCAAAUAAUAAUCCAACAAAUAAUAAUGAUAAUAAUAUUAAUUCUAAUAAUGAAUAA